AAGAAAAAAAAAUCAGAAUUAAUCUUAUUAUGAUUUAAUUAUAUUUUGCGAAGAAGAAAAAUCCAUAGCAAAAGCAAAUAUUAUUAUUAUUAUUAUCCCGAUCCUCUUAGGCUUUCCCUAAUUCAAGGCCACUGGGGUUGUAUUGUAUGUUCUAUAUGCCAUAUAUGUUUUCUGCAUCAGUUAUCCUCCUAUUCAAGCCUCCAGAUGUACGUUUGUUUCUGAGCGAGCAUCUCCAGUAGUUUUUGUAGAGUGCAACACUGUAUCAUGGUGGAGCUAAGCGGAAGGAGUGAAGAAGCAGGUUUUAAAGGGAACGGGAAGGGGAUUUUGUAUGCCUCAUCAUCUUCUUCUCCUGUUACUUGUGAUGGAAAUUUAAUGACUACAAGAAAGGCAGCCCCCAAAUCAAGCUACUACUUUUACCCUCAACCCUUGGCAAAAUAUGAAGAAGUUGUAGCUAAUGCAAAACUCUUUAUGGAUACUCUUGGAAAGCUGCAUGCCACAAUGAGAACCAAGUUCAUGAUCCCCAUCAUAGGAGGCAAGGAGCUAGAUUUGCAUCGACUCUUUGUGGAGGUUACUUCUCGAGGAGGAAUUGAAAAGGUCAUAAGAGAAAGAAGAUGGAAAGAGGUAACUGCAGCAUUUAGUUUUCCCUCUACUGCCACUAAUGCAUCUUUUGUUUUGCGAAAGUACUAUGUUUCCUUGAUUCAUCACUAUGAGCAAAUAUACUACUUCAAAGCAAAAGGAUGUAGCACUGCCUCUCCAGAUCAUAUGCUGAGUCUCUCUUCAUUACCAAUACCGAUUCCAUGUCCAAAUCCACAUGAACCAACAAUGACUCAGUCCUCCGAACUUGCAGCAGCAGCAUAUUCAGGUCAAAAAAGAAGCAGGGACACCGAAGAAGUCUUAAAUGAAGCAUCAGCUUCACUAGGCCGAAAUGUGAUUGGAGUCAUUGAUGCGAAAUUUGAACAUGGUUAUCUGGUCACUGUCACGCUAGGCUCCGAUACGCUAAAAGGUGUUCUUUACCAUAUCCCUGAACAAACUAUUAACCAUGUCCAGAACAGUACUUGCAUUAACAAAGACACCACCACACCCACAACAGUUCGUCGCCGUAGACGUCGCAAAAAAUGUGAGAUGAAAAAGAGAGAUCCUGAUCAUCCAAAGCCUAACCGAAGUGGGUAUAAUUUCUUCUUCCAAGAACAGCAUGCUAGGCUGAAGCCACUUUAUCCAGGGAAGGAUAGGGAGAUAAGUAGGAUGAUAGGUGAGCUUUGGAAUAAAUUAGGCGAACCUGAUAAAUCUGUUUACCAGGAAAAAGGUUUGAGGGAUAAAGAAAGAUAUAGAAAUGAGAUGGAAGAGUACAAAGAAAAGCUGAAAGGCCAACUUAUUAACACUGCCGCGGUACCUAUUCAGCAACAGCUGGCUGCUGGAGUAGACAUAGAAAUGGAAGAUGCAGAUCCAAAAAUGGACUAUGAAGAAGGUGAUUUGGUUCAAAGUCAAGAACAUGAUAGUACUAGUGAAAGUGAAUUGGAAAUGCAGCAGGAGAUGGAAGCAGACAAAGAAUCAGAAAAGGAUGCUUUGACUAGUACAUAUGUAGCUCCUAAGCCAGUUAGUGUGGCUGCUGACGGUUUUGAGCCGCAAAAGCAAAUUGAGGUUCCGGUUUAUGUUCAUGUACCUAGUUCGGAAAACAAAACUGCUGUUAGUGACAAAGUUGGGCAUGCAGUUGAUGUUAAGGUUCUAAGCUCAGAAAAUGCAGCUCAGUUAAUAGAAAUGCCAAUUGUGAAAGUUGAGGAUGCGGUUGAUGUUCAGGUGACAAAUUCGGAAACUGUGGGUAGUGAUGGUUUUGGGUUGAAAAAACAAAUUGAGAAAGUUGGGGAUGCGCUAGCAGCUCAGCUUCCAAGCUCCGGAAAUGUGACAGAAGAUGGUGACAGUUUAAAUUUGCAAAAUCAACUUGAGAAAGUUGGAGAUGCGCCAGAAGUUCAGGUGCCAAGCUCCGCCAAUAUAACUGAGGGUGGUGACAGUUUUAAAUCUCAAAUUGAAGUUGGGAAUGCAGUUGAUGAUCAGGUGCAUAAAUCUGAAAAUGUAGCUGAAGGUACUGACAGUCUUGAGUCACAAAAACAAGUUGAGAAAGUUGGGGACGAGGUUGACGCUCCGGUGCCAAGCUCGGAGAAUGUAACCGAGGGUGGCGACGGUUUUAAAUCACAAAAGAAAAUUGAGGAAGGUGAGAAUGCGGUUGAUGUUCAGGUGCCAAGCUCAGAAAAUGUAACCAAGGAUGCUGACUGUCAUAAAUCGCAAAAACAAAGUGAGAAAGGUGGGAAUGUGACUAAUGUUCAGGUGCCAAGCUCAGAAAUAUAACUGGCAGGAACGGGUUUUUUUGAGUCGCGAAAACAAAUUGAGAAAGUCGGAGAUGCGAUUGACGUUCGGUGCUUAGCUCCAAAAUGUAACUGAAUUGGUGAAGGGAAGAGCCAAGAAUUUCAGUGUAGUUUCAAAAAAAAUGUGGUUUUCAGUGCAGUGUUCAUUUUAGGUUCUUUAAUUGGCAUUUUUGCAAGUUUUUUUUUCUUUUUGUUUUGUUUUUGUAUUACAAGGUGUUGAAGUUCAAGAUUUGGAAAAUGUCUUUUACAAUGCUCAAGGAAAAUAAAAUGAUAGUUGGUAUGAACA